AUGAAACCAGAAACCGAGUGGAUUGUUAUCACAGUCCUUUACGCCUUUGCAGGGAAUGGUUUCCUCAUCUACAUCGUGUGGAAGAAACCUGAAGUCAGACCACUGACAAGCUUUAUAUUCGUCAACAUGGCCAUCGCUGAUUUGCUGCUAACCUUGGUAGUGAUGCCCUGGUCGAUUUCCACAAUAUAUACAUACGGUUUGUGGAUGAUCCCGGGAGUAUUUGGAAAAGUCAUGUGCAAAGGUGUUGUAUACACUAUCUAUGUAAAUUUAUCAGCAUCCAUCCUCUGCCUGACGUUCAUGGCGAUCGACAGGUACUAUGCCAUCGUUCAUCCCCUCCGCCGCAAUCUUUGGUUUCGAAAGCCUAAACUAACCGUUCCAUUUAUUUGGAUUUGGUCACUGGUCUCCAUGUCCAUUUUCCCUGUUAUUCAAACCAUGGAGGACUACAAUAAUUCUUCCUAUUGCAUGCUAUCUGUUUACAUCUUGGGUGAUCCAGAUAGGGCUCUUCGAGGAAUAUACUUCCUCCUUUUCGUCGUCAACUAUCUCAUCCCCUUGGCCAUUAUUUCUUGCCUGUAUACCAUCACUACAUGGAAUUUAUGGUUCCAUGUUGCACCUGGAGUGAAUACUUUGAGAGGAAAUCGAGCGCAACUCGAAACCUCCAAGAGGAGAGUGAUUCGGAUGCUCAUUAUUGUUACCUGUGCCUUUGCCCUUUGUUGGCUCCCACCACAAGUGGUCUACAUGAUGAUAGUCAUUCACGCAUCUAAGGCUCACCUACAUAUACAGCCAAUUGUCAGCAUUGUGUGUGUUUGGUUUGGACACUCUAACAGUGCUGUUAACCCAUGGCUGUUCAUUUUUCUUAGCACCAAGAUAAAUAUGGCGUUUAUUAGGAUAGUCAGUAGAAAAAGCAGCCGGUUGCCUUCAAGUCUCACCGUCAAAAGAUCAGAUGCCGUCUUACCUCCUGAAGAUGAUCAUGAAGCAAUCCAGAAAGAAUCAAGAGUAUAA